GGCUUGAAGGCGGGGCGUUAUACAAUGUGGCGCUCGGUCAGACUGCUGAAGACGGACGCAUGAGACUUGCGGAUCACCGGAGAAAAGAAAAAUAACGAGGUCUCUCUUCCUCAGUGUCAGUCUACCUCUACACAGAAAACGACCAUGAGAGUCCUCCUACUGCUCUCCAUGCCAGUCCUUCUGCUAGCCCAGCCCCCACUCUACCAAGAACCCUUUCCUUUCCUGGAGGACUAUGACCCUGAUUAUUUUCCUGAGAAUCCUGACACGGAUGUCCAGCAGCAGGUCUUGUUACAUGGUCCUCGACCAUUCCCUGAGCCAGAACGUCCUGGUCCAUCUGAGCCAGAGACAGAGCCUACAGAACCUGGCCCCCUAGAUUGCCGAGAAGAGCAGUACCCCUGCACCAGACUCUACUCUAUUCACAAGCCAUGCAAACAGUGUCUGAAUAGCCUCUGUUUCUACAGCUUGCGAAGGGUGUAUGUGAUCAACAAGGAGGUGUGUGUCAGGACCGUGUGUGCGCAUGAAGAGCUGCUAAGAGCUGACAUGUGCCGUGACCAGUUCUCUCGUUGUGGUGUAGCGGCGGUGAGUGGCCAGUGUGGGUCACUGGGGAGCAGCUGUGGGAAGAGCUGUGGAGGCUGUUGAGAACAUGGAGACAUCAGAGAAAACUCCAGCCCAAAUACUGCCACAUCUCUUAGGGUCCACAUCUCUUUUCCUGUUUAAUCUUCGACUGUAUUCCACAUAAUCUUUGGUUCCAAAAAACUCCUCUAUUUGUUUAUUUGCUCUACUUCUCUAGUGACUUUCCCCGUCAUCCCUUUUUUCAUCUCUCUUUCAGAAUUAUACAUAAUGCAAGGUGGGAUCAGUAGAAUGUGUGUAUGUCUAAACAUAUUAUUUCAUAUUCAACAGAACAUUGAUGACUGUAUAACAUAACAUAACUGGUGCUAUAAAAUCACUAACAUACUGGUGCUAAGGAAUUGAAAUCAAUCAAUCAAUCUUGAUCUUGUUUGUUUUGCCUUACUGUAUCCUAUAUUCUACAUCAUUGUGUGGUGUUUGUUUUGCCUUACUGUAUCCUAUAUUCUACAUCAUUGUGUGGUGUUUGUUUUGCCUUACUGUAUCCUAUAUUCUACAUCAUUGUGUGGUGUUUGUUUUGCCUUACUGUAUCCUAUAUUCUACAUCAUUGUGUGGUGUUUGUUGUUGCUUACUGUAUCCUAUAUUCUACAUCAUUGUGUGGUGUUUGUUUUGCCUUACUGUAUCCUAUAUUCUACAUCAUUGUGUGGUGUUUGUUGUUGCUUACUGUACCUUUGUUGAAAUCAGUCAUAGUAGUGAGGGAACAGCAAGAGUGGCAGCCACUGUGCACUGACCUCAACAACAGAGGCAUUAUCAGCACUCAAUCAUCAUCCCACUGCCUCUGCACUUCCUGGGUGGCGAGCAUCCACAAUCAGACUUGAAGAGACGGAUUCUGACCUGACGCCUGAUCUCUCCUGAAAGUGUUUUUGUGUAACACGGUCGGCCACAUGACUAGAGCUACGGUGGCUGGUGACCUUGCAGUGAGUGCAUAGUUUCACAUAUCAGAGGCAAGAAGUGGCGGCUCAUAAAUUGUUACUGUACUACUGCUUUGUAAAACCCUUUCACUAUAAUGGAGGAGAAAAUAAAUGUUUUUUUUACUACAA